AUGAACCGCGACACUGCCCAAUCAAGCAGAGUUAUUGCCGAUAAACUUACUCAAACUUCCCCUCUAGUAUGGCCGAAAAAGAGAGAGGAGAAGCGUAAAAAGGAUAAAAACGAAACGCCGGCUAAAAUGCCAAAACCGAAGAGAGCAAAGGGUAACCCAAUAAUACAAAGUGUAACAUGCCCUGACCAAGAAAGCACAGAGGAAUCUUCAAAAGAUAAAUCCGAUAAUGGAAAACAAUCUACUACAACAGAAAAAUGGUCGAAAGUAAAAAGUAAAAGAAAUAAAAAGACGAAUCGCGUUCGCAAGCCCCAACCCGAUAAAAUGAUAAUAUCAUCCAAAGGUGAAGCUUCAUACGCCGAUAUCCUCCGUAAAAUAAGAACGGAUCCCGAACUGAAAGAUCUAGGUGAAGAGGUCAGCAAGAUCCGGAGAACACAAAAAGGCGACCUCCUGCUAGUAUUAAAGUCAACCGGCAAUAAUAUGACUGAAAGAUUCAAUGAUAAGAUUAUAUCAUCAUUGGAUGGAAACGUGGACGUAAAGACCCACAAAGAAGAAAUUGUUAUACAAUCUGCCAAAAUAAUCCUCCCAACAGAAGCUGCAAGAAGAGUCCUCGCUCUCCGUAAAAUUAAAAUAGGGAUAUUUCCCGAACAAUUGCAUUCGCUAAUACAACGUUUUGCCAAUGGCGAGGGAGAAGUUAUCAAGCAUAUACCCGAAAGUGAAGCACAAGGUAAUAUUUUGCCACGAAAUGAUAAUAAGUUUUCACGCAACUGGAAGACUAAACCAAAACUGAGCGAUGAAGAAAUCAUAAUGGGUAAAAUACAUGGUACCUUGAUAGACGAAGAUAAAGAGUUGCGUAAACGACCAGCACCGCCGUCUAUGAUACCGCGCGGUGGUCGUCCUGAUAUUAUGACACCCAUGACCCCUAUGAUGCCAAGGGGUUCAUUUGGUGGUGGGGCCUUUGAUGGAAACUAUCAGGGUCCCAAAAUGUUUAGCCAAAGUGUAAUGACAAAAACUAUACGCAAACCUGAUGGCACUUAUGAAACUACUAAAGUUACCCAAGAUUCACAGGGUAAUAAGACCACUACUGUUACACGUACAGUAGAUGGCAAAACCGAAACUAUAACCACUUAUGAUGGGGCCGCUGGAGGAGGAACUGCUGGUCAUAAUCAAAUGCUACAAAGACAUGCAGAUAACAAACCAGAAGCACAGGUCUAUUCAGAUCGUAAUGUCUAUGUCUCGAAAGAAGGUUAUGCCUUACCACGGAACCUCUGGUGACCAGUGGUUGGCCAAUUGCAGAUAAAUAACAAUUUGCAAACUAUUAUUAAUAUUAUAAGUAUAUAUAAACAGCAGCAACAACAACAACUAUAUCCAACAACCAUAUUAAUGGACACUUUAUUCAUCGUAGAACAACUUUAUGUAGUUAUUAUUAUUAUGAUUAUGACUGUAGUAUUAUUAUUACUACUUUUGGCUUUAGCUUCAGCAAUUGUUUAUUUAUUAUUAUCAACUCCACCAACACCAUCAUCGUCAGCCGUUUUCCGUGAUGAAAAUUUUACAAAUUUUAUUUAUAGAUUUACACGUAUUUGGUGUUUUAGAUGAAGAAAAUCUUAAUUGAGACUUGAAAGAAACAAAAUGGACAUUUUUAACUAAUCUGUACUGUAACGCGCUACAAUUUAUGGCAAAAAUACUAAUGACUUUUUUUUUUGGUGAACAAAAGCGAACAAAUCUUUAUUUGAUUGAAGCAAAAGAAACGUUUAAAAUUAGUCAUUGUUUUUUGUUAUACAACAAAAAUUGUAUUAAAAAUAAAAUUUAUUUGUCCUGUUGUUUAAAACAAUUCAAAGCAACAAAAAAUAACGAACAGGAUUGAUUAUUCACAGCCUCCAUAAGGCUGAUUGGUAUGUCUCCUUAUCGAUGAUGGCCUUGUGAGAGAUAAAAACAAAAAAACAAAACUGAAAUAUGAGAAAUAACGUAUUUUGUUGAAAUUAAACAAGAACAAAAAAAAAAAAAACAUCUAAUUAGUUUUUGAUUUUAAUAUACUGCGUUUUAAUGUUUUGUUUAAAUCACAAACACACACUCACAUAUAUGUUUUGCACUUUAAAUUUGAUUUAUAAAACAUUUUAAACAUUUAGGUGCAAUUUGUCUAGAACACAUUUAUACGUGUUUUGUUUGUUAUCCUCUUUUGAUGAAUGUCUUUCGGACAAAGUUGAUAAAUUUUAAAACCAAAGUUUUUUUUUGUAUGUAUUUCUGUAAAUUCUUUUAAUUUAGGUUUUCUUUUCAUUUAUAUUCCUAUAGUUUAUUUUUAGCAUUAUAAUUUCAUUAUUAAUCAAACCAUCACAUACGUACAUACAUACAUCCGUAUUAAAUGUCAGGCAUUAUUAAUUUGAUUCAAGGAUGAAAGAUAUAUUUGAAAGUUUAAGAAAACUUUGUGUCUGUCUCAAUAAAGUAACAAUAAAACUCAUCUAAAAUACUAAACUACAAAAUAUUUGUCUUUUUGCUUGAACUAGUAUAUGAAACUAAAUUCUAUGUAUCUAUACUAUACUAAAUCUCUAACUAAUAUUGUUUCAUUCAUUAUUAUCUUUAUUCAUUUUUUUUUUUUUCAAACAAAAGAAUUGAAAUAAAUGUUGGUAAAAUUCUACUCUUUAAUUACUGUACUUGUUGAUAGGGUUUACAUUGAAAACUUGGUAAAAACAGUCUCUAGCUAACUAAUAAAACUUUCAAAUUUGAUUACUAUUUUUUAUUAACAAUUUCUUUUCAUUUUCUUUUGGCCAAUUUUUUUUAUAAUUUAAUUAUUUAUAUUAUUAAGACAUCAAUAAUUAUUUUAAGUUUCUAUUGCAAAUUGAUCGUAUUUAAAUUCCAAUUAAUUAUAAAGACAUACAUUUUAAUUUAACAAAAUUUUAGUUUAUAGACUGCAAAAUCAUUUUAAGUACUUUUUUUUACAAAAAUUACAUAUAAUUUUAAAUCAGAGUAAAAAUAAACUAAAUGCUAUAUCGA